AUGGGAGUACUUCCCAACAACAUUACUUCAUUGACGUUUGGCAACAAGUUCAAUCAACAUAUCAAGCCUGACACGCUCCCACAAAGCCUUGUUCAACUCACAUUUGGUGUAUCAUACAAUCAGCCGCUAGAGGUUGGACUACUCCCAGCAAACCUCACAGUCCUUGUGUUUGGUUCAGUGUUCGAUCAAUCGAUACCAAAGGGUAGUCUACCUCCAAACUUGAAGUCCCUUACAUUUGGAAGAGUUUAUAGACAAUUUAUCAAGCACGACGUACUUCCACCAGCGCUCACAUACUUGGAGUUUGGUGAUUCAUUCGCACAAUCAAUCACACCUGGUUUGUUACCUAAUAGUAUCAUCAAGCUCAAUGCUGGAGGCGCCUGUGUCAAGCCUGGCGCAUUCCCACUCAGCAUAACCUCGUUGGCAUACAGCAUGUUAUGCAGAUACACACAACACUUCAAUCUAGGCAUCCUCCCAUCGACUCUUCAGAGUCUGACACUUGGUCACAACUAUUUCCCAUCUAUGCAUAGUGGUGCGUUGCCAGACUCAUUGACUGAGCUCAGCUUCCUCAGUAGGUAUGAUCUGCUGAAGGACUAUGUCACACUGCCGGCCAGCGUCACCAAGUUGGCAUUGUUGAACCCACGCCAAUGCAAGUACAUUCAAGAUCAUCCGCACAGCAUUGAUUACGUGACAAUCAUUGGACCACAAGAUAUGGACUACCCUGGAGACAGGGAAUGGCUGACGAAGCGGGUGAGAAUGAUGCAGUUGACAGUGUAUAUCGAUCAUCAACGCAGGGCCAAACCAAUGAACAAACAGUUCAUCAACAUAAUCAAACGACUUUACGUCAACUAUCCUGCAGUGGAGACGUUUGAACUGUUUGUACAAAGAGAUUAUCAUAAUCCAUACUUAAUGUUGAUCAAAUGUCGUAUGAUCGAUGUUGUUGAGAAGCAAGUAGUAUACACAAUCAGACUGUUGGACAAGCCUGGGCUACACUUUGGCUUCCUCUCUCUCAAACCCAUCAUAUCCAUCACCAAACAAGUGAUAUCAUUUGUUAAACGAUUCAUAUAA